AGCGAAAAGGAGGGGUGAAAGAGAAGGAGAGACACCGAAACCGAGAGAGGAAGAAGCAAAAGAGAAAAAGAAAAAAGAUCAUUCUGAAACGCAAGGAACGACACAACCUAGACAACGCCACAAUCUCAAAACUAUUCCCACCUUAGAUUGAAAGAGGCCUUUGGUCUGCCUCCAGCAAAAUCGACGAUGAACUUCGAUUCCGGCACCGCAUACGCGGAAUCCGACGCCGACGACGAGUACGAGAGGAGUGUUCAUACCAGCUCGCCAGUGCUCGCCACCGAUUCUGAAAUAUCCCCAACCGACUCCGAGGGCCGUUCCUCUACCGAACACACGCCUACUACCUACGGCCACCGCAGCAGCGCCGACAGAUUACCCGAGACUAUAAUAUCUGAAUGGGAUGCCGAGGAAUGUGCAGAUUUCAUCGCGAGUAUUGGGUUACAGCAGUACUCAGAUCGAUUUAUCGAGAACGAGAUCGUCGGCGAAGCUUUAGUGGCUCUACUGCACGAUGACCUCAAGGCUAUGGGAGUGACCAGUGUCGGUCAUCGCUUGACAAUACUAAAAAGCGUUUAUGAUGUGAAAAAGGCACAGGACGUUCCUAUAGAAAGCGAUCACUAUGUGCCACUAUCCGCCGACGCCGAAGCUCAGUACGCCACCGCGACUCUGAAGGAUAUUAAGCACCUGGUUGAGCAACUUCGUCUCCGAGACGAGAGGAUGGGUUUCUUGGAACAGGACUUACGACGUAUGACCGAAGACUUCAGGCGGCUGCGCGAAGAUAUGUUACCGGCUUUGCGCCUCGCUAAGGACGCGCAGCAGCCUCUGCCUCACCUAUCCAACAACCAGGGAGGUUAUGGUUACGAGGCCUCAACAGUUUCUCCUCCCGCUCCUACCCCUUCGUCAGAUCAGUCCUCGAGUGGUCUAAAGCGACAGUACUCUACCAAGAAGAUCGUCCUUGGUACGAAUCCCAAGAGCACAUCCCCAACUCAUCUGCAGACUACUCAUGAGCGGCCUUCGGUAGAGCAAACCCUAGACCCCGCGAAUGCCGCCGAAAGAGCUGUCUUGUCGUCUUCGCAUCUAGCCGCCAUGAACGGCUCCGGCCAGGCCACAUCACCCGGUUAUUCUCCGAACAUACCCUCGCCUACCUCGCCUCCAACUUUAGGCAGUGCCACCCUUGCCUCCCGUUCUUAUCGAUCCGACGACCGCCAGACACCGUCCAGCCGUACGACGUUCUCGGAAAGCGAGCACGGUUACGGCUCCAAGCCCGUCGCCCCACGGCGAAUGCAAACCCCCGUUCCCGAGACGCCCGGCUCUAACUCAGCUUCGGUUGAGAUCUUUAAGUCGUUCAGGGUCAGUAUGGAUGAUCCUUGCUACAAAGUUCUCCCCGCGGCCCUGAAGAAGUACCAGAUAAAUGCUCCGUGGGAUCAGUACGCGCUUUACAUCGUCUACGGCGACCAAGAACGAUGUUUGGGUCUGCACGAAAAACCAUUGAUCCUUUUUAAGCAAUUGGAUAAGGAAGGGAAGAAGCCUAUGUUCAUGCUACGGAAAACGAACACGGCACAAGCGGACGCCGAAACCCCAGGCAGCGCCGGUCUGGGUGCCGGGAAUGCGAGAGGGGUUGGCUACGAUCCACCCGGUGGGAUUAUAUGAUUUUAGGGCGCAUUGGCCUGAUCAUAUAUUCUCUGUAUACGAAAACCACGUUUUUAAAUCACCACAAAUACCUAGGUAGCAAAAAGGAAUGAGCUCAUGCUGGGCGUAUUGACUUAAGCGGAAGUGCUGGGAUAUAACUGCAUAGCAUG